AAAAAGUAUCAUUACAUAAAUAAUAAAUAAAUAAAAUAAAAAUGUAAACCAUUCUCUUACCAAAAGUGAGACACUAUAUAAAAUCCACAACCAACCUCAACAACACCAUCUUCCUUUACCAAUUCAUUUAUAGUUUCAGUUAUCGAUCUUAAACUAAAAAAAGAAAAAGAAAAAGAAAACCACACAAAAAUGUUGGCCAUAUUUCACAAAGCUUUCGCUCACCCACCUGAGGAGCUUAAUAGUCCAGCAUCUUACAAGGGUUCAUCGAAACCAAAACUCCCAGAAGAAACUCUUCAGGAUUUUCUCUCUCAUCAUCCUCAAAACACCUUCUCCAUGACCUUUGGUCAUGCUGCUGUUCUCGCUUAUGUAAGACCAGAUAGACCUUUCUCCCUAAACCAGAGGCUGUUCUGUGGUUUUGAGGAUAUUUACUGCCUCUUCUUGGGGAACUUGAACAACCUGUGUUCACUUAAUAAACAGUACGGACUAACCAAGGGAACAAACGAGGCCAUGUUUGUCAUCGAAGCUUACCGGACCCUCCGUGACCGCGGCCCCUACCCGGCGGAUCAGGUCGUUAAGGAACUAGACGGCAGCUUUGCUUUUGUCGUUUACGACAGUAAGACCGGUUCAGUCUUCACUGCACUGGGAUCUGACGGUGGUGUUCAACUGUACUGGGGUAUUGCUGGUGAUGGAUCCGUAGUAAUAUCUGAUGAUUUGGAAGUCAUUAAAGCCGGUUGUGCCAAGUCAUUUGCCCCUUUCCCCAAAGGAUGUAUGUUCCAUAGUGAGGGGGGUUUAAUGAGCUUUGAGCAUCCAAUGAACAAAGUGAAGGCAAUGCCUAGGGUGGACAGCGAGGGAGUGAUGUGUGGGGCCAACUUCAAAGUAGAUAAGUAUACCAGAGUCAACAGUAUUCCACGUGUCGGUAGCGAAACCAACUGGGUGGAGUGGCCCUCCCAUUAAUCAAUUCCUUAAUUAAUACCAUAAUUACUCAAAUCUCUCACUCCCACUCUCACUGAUCCAUACUUAAAAAGAGUGUUUCUGUUAUUAUUUAAUAAAUAACGUCUUGGUUGGGUUAAUUCCUUUCUUCUAGAUCUAUAUUAGUCCUCUUUUGUUUUUAGGUCCUUUCUUUAAUAACAUUGUAUUACUUUUUCUCUCUGUAAUUAUAUGCUCCAGAAUCCAGGUAUCGAAAUAUGACUGCCCUUUUCACUUUUUCACCACAA